AUGAUUAAUAAAAAAAUAAAAAUUAAAAAAAUACAAAAAGAAUAUUUACUUAAUUCUUUAUUUAAAUCAAAAAACUUUUAUGGUGAGUCUUUAAAAGAAACUAAAAAAAAAAAUUUACCUUUUAUUUAUGGUUUUCGACAUAAUUAUUCAAUUAUUAAUUUAAAAGCAACUAUUUUUUUUUUACAAAAAGCAUUAUUUUUAAUUAAAUUAUGUAUAAAAAAAAAUAAAAAAAUAUUAAUAAUUGGAGAUUCUUUUGAUAUUAAAUUUUUAUUAUCUGAAUCAAAAAAAAUCAAUUUUACUCAAAAAAAUAAAAAUAUAAUUUUAAAAAAUGAUAUUUGGAUUAAUGGUUUAUUAACAAAUAAAACUGUUUCAAAUUUUUUAAAACAUAAUAAAAUUAAUUUAAUUAUUUUAUUAAAAUCAAAAACUAAAGAAAAUUAUUUAUUAACAGAAUUUAAUCAUAAAAAUAUACCUAUAAUUACUUUAAAUAAUACUAAUUCAAACAUAGAUUAUAUAAAUUAUCCAAUUUUUUCAAAUACAAAAAAUUUAAAAUCUUUAUUUUUUUUAAUAUAUUUAAUAAGAAAAACUUUUUUAAAAUAA